AUGGAGACGACAGGAAAUGAAACCUGGCCCCUCCAAUCCAUCCCUUUGCCCCUCGGAGCCCGAACGCAGCGCUCCCGCAGGCGGGGCCAGCUCAGCUGCCGACCCCCGCCUGGCCCGGCCCCAGGGCCUGGGGUCCUGCCAAACAGCGGGAUCCUCAGCACCGACCGCUUCGGGAGAGGAAGGCGCGAGAAGGUUCCCCUCUACGCCACGGAGCUGGCGACUCAGCGGCAAUCGCUGAGUCCAGAAAAUGUCUCCAGCACCUCUCUGCCAACUGAAGAAGUAUAUAAGAUAAACUUUAUAUUUCCAAAUGGAGACCAGUAUGAUGGUGAUUGUACAAGAACACCUUUUGGAAUUGUCGAGAGAAAUGGAAUAGGUGUUCAUACCACUCCUAAUGGGAUUAUCUACACAGGAAACUGGAAAGAUGACAAGAUGAACGGUUUUGGAAGACUUGAACAUUUUUCAGGAGCAGUCUAUGAAGGAUACUUUAAGGACAAUAUGUUUCAUGGACUGGGGACUUAUAUAUUCCCAUCUGGGGCAAAGUACACUGGAAAUUUCAAUGAAAAUAGGGUGGAAGGUGAAGGACAAUAUACUGAUAUCCAAGGACUAGAAUGGUGUGGUACCUUUCAUUUCACAGCCGCUCCAGGCCUGAGACUAAAGCUCCACAUGUAGAUUUUCUGCAUUCAAGUUUAAUGUAGUAAUUGAAGAUUUAGUUGUAAGGAAACCAAAUCUGUCAUAUGAAAUAACUUCAUACACUACCUCUAUAUUAUAAUAUUGCCAAUAAAAUCAUCAUUCACUUA